CAACAACAGGAACUAGACCCCUUCGAGCGAGACGACAAGCGUACGUGCAUUUCGGUAUAAUACUAGUCUAAAGUAUAAACACCAUGUCUUCGAUUGUCACAAGUAUAUUAAGUUCCACUGUGGGAUUAUUGUGGAACAAAGCCCGAGAUACAACUGCUAAAAAGAUGAAGGAUGGUGAUAUUACAGAUGCAAAACUUCGUGAAAUAGUCGUGAGAGAACUCAACGACGUCAAAAUCAAAAUUGAUGGUCUCUCACGCAAAGAUCUGCUCAGCAGCUACAGUUUUCUACAAGAAGGAGUACAGUUACUGAAUGUUUCUCUGGAUAAGUCGAAAGACAAGCAGAAAGCUGUGCAAAGCGAAACUCAAGAUGAUCGCGGUGAAACGUCUAGAAUGACGAGCGGUGACGAGUCAGCAGAUAUCUUGAACAAAGCCUUAGAACUUUCUCACGCCAUGGGAAAGCUAAAGAUCGUGUCAAGCGAGUCUGAAUCGGCAAAAAAACGAUUCGAGGAAGCGCGUAAGACAGCGACCCAUGCGUUUUGUAACGAAGCAUUGAAUAUUCAAGACCGAAUCUUCGCAGCAAAACUCCGUGUCGUUUCGGAGAUACUGGAAUGUCUCGACAAUCCCGACACAGCAAUUACUUCGUGCCUGUUGUUUUUAGAAAAGCUUCAUGAUUUACCUGCCGUUCGCGAGAUAUUCUCGGUGUAUCUCGGUGGCGGAGUUAAGUCCAUCUUCAGUAAAGCUGAACGAGUUGAGAAUGUCAAAUCUGUUAUGAUGAUCAACUAUGUCUUAUAUCAAUUUGUUUCGAAAUUCAGCAGCAAGUAUUGUUCGGCGCUCGCCUGGCCAACAAUUCAACUCUCUGAUCGCAGUUUUAACCCAAUAUGCAGUUGGCAGGAAGUUUCGACAAGAAAAUCUUGGGGCGAAGAAUUGAUCCAACCACCCAAUAAAGUAAACCUCGAUAUAAAUAUCGAAGUGUUUAAUACUGCUGUAAAUAGUCGGGGUGAGAUAGUUGUAUGGGAUGAUAAUAACAUUGAGAUAAUCUCCAGAACAGGCGAAAGAAAAGUGGUUCAUCAAUUUUCCGUUCCGAGCACGGAGAAUAAAGAAGGGGAAGUUAUCAAACAAGAAAUUGUAGGUCUCGCUCUUGAUCAAGAAAAUAAUGUGUAUGUUGUACUUUUUUGUGAAACAACUUCACAAAAUGGCAAUGUGGAUAGCCAUGCAGUAUUAUAUAUACUGGAUGAACAUUGCAAUCGUGUAAAACACAAAAGCAAAUUGGAUUUUCUUCCAGAACACAAGAUAGGUCUGACAUUAGCUAUAAACAAAAACAAUAACAUUGUAAUGGCAUCAAUAAUUUUCCACCACCGCCAUGUGUACGUCUGUGACCACACUGGGCAGUUAAGAUACAAGUUAGAACCUGAAAUUUCUGGCCUAUACUACGCGAGUGUUUCAGACAAUAAUGAAAUCAUAUUGGCAUCGCCAUUAUAUCUUAACGACGCUGCUGACGUUGCUGAAAUAUACACAGAGGAGGCAAAUCUAAAGUCGAAAAUAUGCCUACCAGCAGGUCACUUGAUCUGUGGAGUGGCAUUUCACUUUGUCAUUCGUAAAAUAAUUGUCUUAACAACAGUCAGAGACAGCGAUUCCUGUUUCCUCCAUCGUUACUCUGAAACGGGUGAACUGGAGACCUCGAUGUUCGGUUUUAAUUUCAGUGGAGAUCGUAUACCUCAUAUUACAUCUCAUCCAAGUGGUCCAGUUGCUAUUGCUACAGAGGGUGGAAACAUUUUUUACGUAUAGUCCCCCAUGCAGAAAACAUGCUUGAAUUUGACCAAUUAUAGUUCGAUAAAAGUACAUUAUAUUUUAAUCUAGUUUGAGAAACUAAACUUCAGGAACUGGAUUUAUUAAUGGCAUAAUAUUUUACAAUUUGCCUUUGAACUGUAUCACUUUGAAUUACCUAGCUUCGAAUUGCAUACAGAAAAAAACUUUGAAAAAUGCUAGCAUGUAACAGUGGCAAUAUCAAUGAGCUGUAAAGCAAAAAGUGAAGUGCCAAACUUUUUAUCACUUAAUUUUUUUAGUUAAUCAAAAUUAUAAAUGUAAUCUAAUACUGCAAAAAUGUAAAUAAAUCCUGAUUUUACUUUGCACCUCGUGCAAAGCUCUA